GCUAACUUGCGUGCUGACACGAUGAAAUUCUACGCGCUUAUUCUCGCGGCCGUCAGCCUAUGGAGCGCAGUCUUCGCUGCGGACGUGUCAGGCCGCCUGCAGUUCAAUGAAGCAUGGCCGGACCUGAAGUCUUUGGGCUCAGCGCAAGUCAUCCUGGACUCCGGAAGCCAUAAGGCCAACGUCCUUCGUGACGGAAGUUUCACUAUUCCCGACGUUCCGGUUGGAACAUAUAUCCUCUCUGUCGUUUCUCGUGACUUCCUGUUCGACAAUUUACGCAUAGACAUUCCAGACGGCUCGAGCGUCGAAAUCCGACCGUACUCUCCGGGAACACCUCUGAAUCCUCCUUCGACGAUACUACUGCCACAAAUCUCGCUUUCCCCGAGGGCAAAACUCGAGUACUACGUGCCACCGCAGUCAUUCAAUCUGGUCGGGAUGUUCCAGAAUCCGAUGAUGCUCAUGCUCGUUUUCGGGGGUCUCAUGGUGUUCGCCAUGCCUUAUCUCACGAAAAAUCUCGACCCGGAGACGAUGAAGGAAUUCCGGGAACAGCAGGCGCGUGUCUCGAGCAUGCAGAGUGCGAUGGCAAGCGGGGAUCUCAAAGCGGGAUUGUCUGCUCUCGUUAGUGAAGAUGCCCCCAAAGCGCAGCCUGCACCCGCGCAAGCGGGCGGCGGGAAGAGUCGCAGCGGCAAGAAGGCACGGCGGUAGCUCGUUCCUCCGUAUAUGUAUCCUCGUGAUAACAUCAUAGUGAACACCAAGACGUGCUUCACUCUAAUUCAAUGGGGUUCAUGUCCUUUCCUCGUGGUUCUCAGGAUCUUCGUCGACCCGUCCUAGCUGCUUAGGUGUUGCUACCAGGACCUCUCCCCUUCUGACAUCCUUCAGAGUUCGCUUCAACGCGCUGCUAGGGGCAACGCAGCAGAAAAACAGAACUAGAUUCGUCUAUGGAGCUUACGCAUUGGAUUACUUAGAGAAUGGAUACUCCACUCGGCCUCCUGCUGCGUACACGUCGUUUGCGUGUCCUUCUUUGUGGGGUAGAAGUGACAUUCGCAGCGUGGAUCCGCGAUGUCACUUGAAGACAUCAAUAUAUCGAAAGGUCGGGCUGAUAACCCUCUGCUCCGAAUCCUCUUCCGCGGUCCCACGAACUCUGAUCUCCUUCGUGAAUGCGCCUCGUACGACUUCGCCGGCUCGCAUCAUUCGCACGUUUACUUGAAUUUCAAUAAGUUAGCCUUCCGAAGUACCAGCUGAGAUAUGGCCGGUGUCUAAAUUGUGCUGCUGCUGAGACGCAAAUGAAAGGGAUCCAAGCGGACCAUGAACGAGGCAUACGACGAUGUCUUUUGGCUCCGUCAACCCAUUGCAUGGCCAUGGGCUCUAACGCAAGGGAUAGCAGCCAGCGUAGCCCCAGUCUAUGAGCCACAAAAAUGUUCUUACCGUCGAGGAUGAUGUUCGAAACAUUCAGGUCUCCG